AGACAAAGCCAGCCAACAUGUCCACCGCAGCAUCGUCCCCCAAGAAGGCUAGUAAGCCCAAGGCGGCGCCCAAGGCCCCCGCGGCUCACCCGCCCACCACCGCCAUGAUUACGGCGGCCGUGGAAGAACUCAAGGACCGCACUGGUUCUUCCGUGCCGGCCAUCAAGAAGUACAUCGCCGCCAACUACAAGUUCGACGUGGAGAAGAAGGCGCACUUCAUCAAGCGCGCCCUGAAAGCCUUGGUGGAGAAGGGCACCCUCGUUCAGGUUAAAGGCACUGGGGCGUCGGGAUCCUUCAAGAUCAACGUGGCAGCCAAGAAAGCCGCAGAGAAGGCCGCCAAGAAAGCAGCCAAGAAGCCGGCCAAGAAACCUGCGGCUAAAAAGGCCACAAAGCCCAAGGCCACCAAGCCGAAAAAGCCCAAGGCUAAGAAGGCUGCCACCCCCAAGAAGACCAAGAAGCCGGCCGCCAAGAAGACCAAGAAAUCUCCGGCCAAGAAACCUGCUGCCAAGAAACCGACCAAGAAGACUCCGGCAAAGAAGACCGUCAAGAAGGCGGCGCCCGCCAAGAAGGCGACCAAGCCCAAGAAGAAGAGGGAGACGUUUGGCGUCUACAUCUACAAAGUGCUGAAGCAGGUGCACCCCGACACCGGCGUCUCCAGCAAGGCCAUGGGCAUCAUGAACUCGUUCGUCAACGACAUCUUCGAGCGCAUUGCCGCCGAGGCUUCUCGCCUGGCUCACUACAACAAGCGCUCUACCAUCAGCAGCCGCGAGAUUCAGACCGCCGUCAGACUCCUGCUGCCGGGCGAGCUGGCCAAGCACGCCGUCAGCGAGGGCACCAAGGCCGUCACCAAGUACACCAGCUCCAAGUAAAUCCACCGCCGCUAGCUGCUCGACAUAACCCCGGCCUUUUUCAAGGCCAC